GUGCACGUCUGUUUUCCAUCUCGUUCUCGUUCGGAUCGUUUCGUCUUGACUAGUGAAAAAUAUUCUUAAAAUAUUUUCAUCAAGCGAAGUAGCUCUUGAAAUAUUAAUUAAUAAUAGUAAAACCAGCAGUAAUUGACAAACCACCGUUGCUUCACCUUGUUUUAAAGUAAUUUGCUCGCUUUCAAACAAAACCCUUCACCUUAAAAAAAGCAUUCCACACUACUCUCCUAAAAACCCAUCAAAAUUAUGGUCAGCGUCAAGAUCAUCAAAAACCCUCAGCAGAAUCGUCCAGCUAACGUUAACGGCAAUAAUAUGGCUUUCCGUGGUAACCAGAACCGUAAUCGCAACUUUGGCGGCGGAAACAACAACUAUGGAGGGCCCAUGGGCGCCAAUCGCAUGGGCGGCAUGAACAUGUCGCCGUGGGAGUCCCAGAACCCCGGCGGUGGCGGCCAAUUCGGCAACAACAUGCGCCAGGGUGGCGGCCAGAUGAAUGCCCAGGCCAUCAACUUGGCCAACAAUCUGCUCAACAAUUUGUUCCGUAACCAGAAUCCACCAUCGCUCCUCGACUUGCCUCGCGGCGGCGGCGGCGGCGGCAUGGGAAAUCGUAAUCAGCGCGGUGGCCCGAUGGUCAGUCGCGGUGGCGGUGCCGGCAAUCGUCUCAAUAACCGUCGUGGCCAGGGAGGCUUCCAAAAUCGUGGCGCCACUGGUGGUGCUGGUGGUCCCAAGCCCCCGCAAAAGCAGGGCGGCGGCGGUAUUCGCAAGCAAAAUGCUUUUGAUCGUGCCAAGAAACUUUUGGCUAAAAAUGCCAACCAAAAUAAAAAGAAGGAACCUACUCCUGGCGAAAAGAAAAUCGAGAGCCCCACCAAGGAGUCUCCGUACGCUAGUGUGCCGAACGACAUGUUCUACUGUCAUCUGUGCAAGAAGCACAUGUGGGACGCCAACUCGUUCGAGAACCACAUCAAGGGUCGCACCCAUCUGAUGAUGCGCGAGGGUAUCGAGGAGAGCUACCGCCUGAAGGCCAACAUGAUCCGUCAGGAGGCCAAGAUAGCCGAGCAGCUCAAGUCCAUUGAGUUUGAUCGCCUCAAGCGUAUGGGCAAGAGCAAGCAGCGUCAGCUGGACUACUGCACCAUGUGCGAUCUCAACUUCCAUGGCCACAUCUCGACCCAUCGCAAGUCGGAGGGUCACUUGCAGCUGAAGAAGUUCUUGCACCCCAAGUGCAUUGAGUGCAACAAGGAGUUCGCCACUCGUAUCGACUACGAUACUCAUUUGUUGUCCGCCGAGCAUCUGAAGAAGGCCGCUGAGAGCAACACCAAGGUUGGAGAGCGCAAGCGCCAGACUCUGCCGAUCAGUACCGAGGAGGAGGAGACCCGUGAUCUCCGCCUGCCCCAGAAGCGCAAGAAGAAGCCGGUGAAGAAGGAGGGCGAGGCUGGUGCCGAUGCCGACACUAGCGUUAAGAAGGAGGGUGGCGCCGAUGGUGAAGCUGCCGAGGGCGAGGAAGGCGAAGGCGAUGAAACCAAGGAGGGUGAGGAGAACGCCGACGAGACCAAGGAGGGCGAGGAGGAUGGCCAAGAGGAGGAGGAGGUGGCCCUGCCCGUGGAUCCCGAGGAUUGUAUCCUUGACUUUACCGAUGGCGACGAGAUCCCCAGCGAGGUGGAUACCCGCCUGCCCAAGUACAACUGGCAGCGCGCUGUCGGUCCUGGCCUGGUCUCCAAGCUGGAGUGCUACGAGUGCUCGGUGUGCAGCAAGUUCUUUGACACCGAGGUCACUGCCGAGAUUCAUACUCGCACGGCCACCCAUCACCGCAACUUCUUGAAGUUCAUCAACGAGAAGUCGAGCGACACCAAGAUCGCCCAGAAGCGCGCUGCCGCCGCCAUCGAGGAGAAUGAGCGCAAGAAGCGCAAGAUUGAGGAGACAGAGACCCCGUCCGCCGAUGCCACAGCUGCCGAGGAGGAGACCACCGAGGGAGCUGAGGGUGAGCUGUACGAUCCCUCGGAGGCUACCGGCGACGAUGAUGACGUCGAGAUGACCGAGGAUAAUGCCGAUGGAGAGGCUGCCGGUGACGAGGAGGCUGAAGGUGAGGGUGAAGAGGAUGUUAACCAGGACAAUGGCGAGGAGGAGAUGGAGGCCCAGGAAGAUGAGGAACAGGAGGCUGAAGCUGAAGCUGAAGCCGAACCGGAGCCAGCCCCAGAGCCAACUCCCGCUGCCAAGCCAGCUGCAGUGCCCAAGACUCCGACCAAGGCUGCAGCUGCAGCUGCUGCAGCUACUCCAGCCGCUGCCGCUGCCGCUCCUCCUGCUUCGACGCCCACUUCCGAUGUUUCCCCUUCGCCGGCCAAGAAGGCAACACCCGCCCGAGCCGCCGCCGGACCGAAGGCUACGCCGCAACGUCAACGCGCACGUGGUCGCUACAAUCGCUACUAAUUUAGAUUCGAUGCCGCCGGACACGGCGUCAUAACAACGUAAUUUAAACAUAAAAUAACACUAAAAUUCUACGCAACAUAUAAAACAAAAUACAUACAUGAACACAUACACGACACAUGCCCAGGAAGACGGAGAUGGUCGAUCAACCCAAUCGUUCUCUGUCCACAAUCUGACAUUUGCAUCCCUGAUUUGCAUAAAUGAAAAACAAACAAGAAAUCGAAUGAAACUUUACGCAAUCAUCGUCCAGAGAUGAGACAGUUGAAUACAUUGUAAUCCAAGACAAGCUUCUUGAUACUGGACACUGAUAUUGUGACCAGGGAGGAGACAACGCAACACAACACAAACAACUUGAUUGAAUUGAUUUCCAUGCCAAACAAACUGAGCACAAUCCACAAUUCCAAAAACCAAUUCCAGUUCCAAGCUCCCCUCCCAGCAUUGCAUACCACGGACACACCAACCAACCAACCAUUCAACUUAUGUAAUCAUAUAAACUUACAAAUAAACAAUGAAACAAAACGUAGUUGUAAAACAAA